AUGGCCGUCACCACACUGCGCAAUGGCGCCCCAGGCUUACCCAACACCGGCCAGCUCGAGAUCCCCCCCGUCCAGCCCACACAGACACCGCCGCGAUCGCGCAGGAAACCAUGGACCCUACCCGCCGUGAUUCCCUUCUCGCCCCUCGUCCUUCUCCUCGCCGUCGCCUCACUCCUGCCGCUCGCCAGCGCCGUCUUUGUAAACUUCCAUGACUGCCUUACGCGCGUCUACCUCGCCGACGGAAAGCAGACGCCCUACCUCCGCUUCACUCCGAAAUACGUGUGGGCUGAAUUUAGCCCGGACCACCGAUUGAACGUCACCGUCUAUGGAAAUGUCACCGGACAGGCGCAGCUAGGCGACUACCCGCCCCUUGAUGAUGACAAUUGGAAGGACCCCAACAAGACGUUCGGCAAGAUUGUCGAUCUGGACAAGAACCAUAACAAGUAUACCACCCUGUUUUGGAACAAUGCCGUGCUAUCCUACACCGCCUGGAACGCUCCCCCGAGCCAGUUUUGCCAAAAUGUCCUCAACACAAGCUGCCCGGUGGCGCCUGCCUUUGGGGGAAAUGCGAGCGAAUACUGGACCAUGCCAGCAGUCAGCGUAGCACACACGUUCGACACUUCAUAUGCCUUUUCUACCUGGGCCUCGACACUACGCAUCGUCUCUGGCAACGAGAAUGCACAGGCUCUCGGUUGUGUCUCUACCAAUAUCACACCAGACCUCGGAGACACAAUCUCGAAUGCGAUCCGCUACCUCCCUGCUGCCGUGCUUGCGCUCGUGGCGAUUGCAACAGUAUUUGCAGCUAUAUGCUGCCCAUGGGGAACCUCGAACAUUUUCCGCUGGACGAGCAAUUAUGGCCGAGACGAGGACUUGUUGCGCUUGGUCACGCCCGGAUUUGGAGACUGCCUGCAGUACAUACAAUUCAUUGUCCUGUCUGGCAGUCUGAGCCUCAAUUACCCUGGCUUCUACCAGCCAGUGGUGAGCCAGGCCAGCUGGUCAAUCCUCCUGUUCAAUCAGAGCUUCGUCAGCGAGGGUAAUGGAUCCCAAAGUCUCGUCGAUGGCAUCUACUUUGUCAAUGGCACCUACGGUCUUACCCGUCUCGGCCAAUAUGUUGGAUUUACAGAGGAGCGCGACAUUUGGGCAUGCAUGGCCAUUUUCCUGCUUGUGCUCAUCGCCUGCGUGGUCUGCCUCACACAGCUCGGUUUCAUUAUGCGCUGGCUCUCGCGCUGGCUGACUAACACGCAGGACGGCGACUUGACGGGGAAGAACUGGGCAUUCACGGCUGGCAACAUUAUCCGUGUCAUCUACAACUACUUUAUGCUUCCCAUAAUAGCCUUGUCCUUGUUCCAGCUCGUCGUAGCUCCACGCUCGUCAGCAUCCGUCGUGGCUACAGCCGUCAUCAUGCUGAUUCUCUUCGCCGUAGUGGCUUCCUGGAUUUUCUGGUUCAUCUUCACCACCCGCCCCCGAGCCCACCUGUUUGACGACCUACCGACCGUCUUGAUGUACGGCCCACUUUACAACACAUACUCUGACGAUGCUGCACCCUUUGCUUUUAUUCCUGUUUUGCUAACCAUCAUGCGUGGCAUCGCUAUCGGCGCCAUCCAGCCUUCUGGCAUCGCCCAAAUUAUCAUACUUGCUAUAUGCGAAGUAAUCCUAAUCUUGACUUUACACGCGUUCCGCCCAUUCCAGUCCAACACUUCGAUGAACGCUUAUCAUACCUUCUUCGCGACUAUACGACUUACUUGUAUCCUGCUUUCGGUCGCCUUCGUACCCACUCUCGACGUCGGCGAGGCACCCAAAGGUUGGAUUGGAUACAUCAUUCUACUUCUUCACGCUGUCGUCUUGGUGUUUGGCUUCUUCCUGAACGCUCUCCAGACCAUCAUCGAAGUCUCCGCGAGGCUCAGCGGUGCUGGUGGUGAUCAAAGAGGUGGUCUUACCACUGUUUUCGGAAAAAGGCAACUGUCCAAACGGAACGUUCAUCGUCACGCUAGGAGCAGCCUCAAUUCCAAUGCUGCGAUGCUCGCCCAUGAUGAACACAAGAGCAUUCAACUCAUGGAUAGCCGAUCCCGGAGCCUUUCUGCUAGCUCGGCUGUCCUUUUGAAUGGGCCCUACGACCGAGAUAGCCAGCGUGCAAGUGUUGGAUUCGAAGGGUUCAGCCAGGGUGAUUACGCUAAUGUCAGUCCAGCUCCUGGAGCCGUGCCAUUCAAUUUCCUUGGUGGUUCGUCGGGCCAUAGCUCCCGAAGGCCGACAAUGGGCGCCAUGGAUGCUGUGGAUCCUUAUUACCGUCCGCCACGUCCUCGCAAGUAUACCACGGACUCAAUGGGUUCUGGUGCUCCAGGCAAAGCCCCUGUCGGAAGUGCUGACAUUGCCGAUGCUCCCUACUCUGACCAUUUGGAUCCUCCAGCCAUGCUUGCCGGUGAAGGCCCCUCACGGAACUCUAGCACUCCGGCUCCAGCCUAUCUAAGAGUAAAUCGCGACGAUUCCGACUCGAACCUAGAUAGGAAGAAUAUCAACACGGAUUACUCGGUGCGAGAGUCGGAUUUCUACUAUGGACUCCGCGGCCCUGCGUUAUCUUCUCAACCUACGCGAAAGCUCAAGACCGGACCUGCUGAUCCCAUGAGCCCUGUCUCAUCUGCUACUGGUUGGUUCAGGAGUCUGAACCUCAUGGGCGGAAGAAAGAAGGAGAAGAGCAAAGGUUUCGAAGUGGUCAGGAGUACGCGCAUGCCACCACAGAUGGUGGCUGUGGAAGAGGACAGAGAAACGCCAGAACCUGCAUCGGAGCCCUACCGCGAUAGUCCCGACUCACCGCCUCAGACUAGAAAGAUAUCAGGGGGCUCGGGUGUGGCAUCGGCCGCUGUCUUAGCUGGUGAGAGGCGGCACUCGUCUGAUAGUGAGCCGAGUAGUAGUAGCGACGACGAAGACCUUUACGACCCGGCUCACCGUGUGUCUCCUACUGCACCGGCCUUGGGGCCCAUCGAAAGUUUUGGUGGAAUCGAGCUUCCCAGUAGAAUUGGGUCGCGCGCUUCCCGAGCUACUCACGCCCCAGAUGGUCCAAGUCGAGCACCUUCACUGCCGCGCAAGAACUCUCGACGUACCAAUUCAACUGAAGCUGCAAUGCUCCCAGAACGACUAUCAACUGUCAUAGAUGGCUCUACACUAACAACAAAUCCGUAUCGGUCAUCGCGUCAAAGUCAAAGUCAACACUUGCAACCAUCUGGACCUGGAGGGCUGCCUAUCCGCCUUCCAUUCGGAUCUACCGAGCCGUCACCCGAACGUUCUCCUGCGCACUCGUCAGCAUCAAGUACAUAUCGUAAUGACGGUAUGAGUGAGCUCAAUGCACCGCCGAGGAUUGGCGCAACGGCCGAGCGGCCACUCAGUACUGGCUUCGUCCAACAUCAUGUGACCAAGGAUAGUGUUCAAAGUGACGGCUACGACGCUGGAAGUCACCUCGAAGCUUCUGCAGAGAUUGUGGAUCGCAGCCGUAGUGGAAGCACACAACAUAGUGGACGCAGUCACCGUAGAUGA